AUGUUACAAUUCUCCGUUGAAAUUCCUACCACAAAAACGGUCGAGGAAGAUGAUGAAAAAUUUACGGUUUAUGUAAUUAAAAUCCGUGGUUUAACAAAGACAAUCUAUGCUGAGCGACGUUUUCGUGAAUUUGAAGAUUUACACAAGUUGAUUCCUGUAAAUACGAUAUUUCCAAAGAAAGUUUUGCAGAAUCGAAAUCCACGUGUGAUUGAACAUCGUCGAUUGAUGUUGGAAAAUUUCCUCAAAGACUUACUAUCACAACAUCCUAUAUCCGAUGAAUUAUUCGAUUUUUUAAAUUUAGAACAAUUGCAAACGGACACAAUAACAGAUGUAGGAGAUGUUAAACUAGAACAUGCUCCGGUCAUAUCAAUAAAAGAUUAUGUGUUUAAUCGUUCGUCAAAUAAAAAAGAUUAUUUGCCUGAUUCUAUUCUUGAUGUUUUUAAAAAUGAAAUAAUUGUGAUGAUUAAAUGUUCGUUAUUAAUAGAACUUGGUAAUGGUAAAAGAGUUUCUUAG